AGCACGUCUAUAUCGCGUGACUGGAGAUGCAGAUCAAAAGAUCUACUCUUUUUCCCCCUUUACAAGUUUCAAUUAUUGCUUAAUGGCCGUCGUAGUCUUCCGGCCUCCAUCCAUCGCCCCGAUUCCGAAAGCAACACGGGUCAUGGCCGCCACCGCCUUAAAUAGCGUUUCUGGGUUGCGGCGACAUCGGAAGCUCCCCAUUUUGCUGUUCGACGUUAUGGACACGCUCGUCCGCGAUCCCUUCUACGAGGACAUCCCCGCCUUCUUCCAAAUGUCUAUGAAAGAACUUUUAGAAGAGAAACACCCCACUUCAUGGGUAGAGUUUGAGAAGGGAUUGAUUGAUGAGAAGGAGCUUGCUAGGAAAUUCUUUAAAGAUGGGAGAUCUUUUGAUUUGGAAGGUCUCAAAGAAUGCAUGGUAAGAGGAUAUUCUUAUCUUGAUGGCAUUGAGGCACUGCUCAAAAAUUUGAAACUGAAAAGCUAUGAAUUACAUGCGUUUACUAACUAUCCAAUCUGGUACAUAAUGAUCGAAGACAAGUUAAAAUUGUCAAAGUAUUUGUCUUGGACGUUUUGUUCCUGUAAACUUGGAAAACGUAAGCCUGCUUUAGAUUUUUAUAUGGAAGUUCUGGAUCUUCUUGGAGUUGAGCCAGCAAACUGUAUCUUCGUUGAUGACAGGUUGGUAAAUAUUGAGGCAGCUAAAGAUGCAGGGAUGAUUGGUUUGCAUUUCAGAAACGCAGAGACUCUUAAAGAAGAUCUGAUAUCUUUGGGAAUUGAGGUAACAACUUCUGAAGUUGCAUAACUCUUCAUGUACUUUUUCUUUUCUUUUCUUUCUCGUCCAUUGUUUUGUUAGUUUAUAUUUGUACCCCAUACGAUAAAUUAGAGAAAGAGAUUUUCCUAUUCAAA